AUGGCAGCCUUCCACGACAUGGAGGGGUUGUGCCAAGGGCUGCUGAGUCUCCUGGGCACCAACUACGUUUCACAGCAGUGGCAGCUGCUGCAGCUCUACAGGCAGAUGAUGGAGCGGCUCCUGGAGAGGCAAGAGGGUGCCAAUCAGCAACUGCGAGAGAUCCUCAAAGCAGAGAAGGAUGUGACCCAGAGCCUUCUUAAUGCCAGGGAGCGGGCAUGCCAGGGGGGUGCUGAAUUGCAGCAGAUUGAAGCCAAACUUCAAAAGGCGAGCGAGGAGGACACUCACCUGAAGGCCAGCUUCCUUCAGCUCACCAGGGAGCUAGAGGAUCUCAAGGAGAUUGAGGACACAAGAGAAGGAAGUUGA